CAACAGGUGGCGCGAGAUUGACAACUUAAGCGCGUGCGCUCCUCCAGUCUCAGUUCAGCAGCGCGACUUGUGCGAGAGACGCGCUCAAACCCGGGAAUAUGCUACAAAUAUCAGCGGAAUACAGUCAAAUAACUGUUAUUUCUUGAAAGAAAAGAGCUGCAGAACUUCCCUAAGCCUGCGUGCUUCUCGAGGGACACCUUAAGACGAAUUUGACCUGCUGUCCCCUGUUUACCGAGACACAGUCAUCAUCAAUGGGGACAUUAGGAAUGGCUGUGUUCAAGCAACAAAGAGUGGAGGAUUUCUAUGAUAUCGGGGAAGAACUUGGAAGUGGGCAGUUUGCUAUCGUGAAGCGAUGCAAAGAGAAGAGUACAGGUGUGGAAUAUGCUGCAAAGUUCAUAAAGAAGCGGCAGAGUCGGGCGAGCCGGAGAGGCGUUCGGCGAGAGGAGAUCGAGAGAGAGGUGGACAUCCUACAGGAGCUCCAGCAUCCCAACAUCAUCACGUUGCACGACGUUUACGAGAACCGCACUGACAUGGUGCUCAUCCUGGAGCUUGUUUCAGGAGGCGAGCUCUUCGACUUCCUGGCUCAGAAGGAGUCGCUGAGUGAAGAGGAGGCCACAGAAUUCAUCAAACAGAUACUCAGCGGAGUUCAGUACCUUCACUCCAAGAAAAUUGCACAUUUUGACCUGAAGCCUGAAAAUAUAAUGCUGCUGGAUAACAAUAUCCAACGUCCGCGGAUUAAGCUUAUCGACUUUGGUUUGGCACAUAGGAUCAAGGACGGAGUGGAGUUCAAAAACAUUUUUGGGACUCCAGAAUUUGUUGCUCCAGAGAUAGUCAACUAUGAGCAGCUGGGAUUAGAGGCUGACAUGUGGAGCAUCGGAGUCAUCACAUACAUCCUAUUAAGUGGGGCAUCGCCGUUCCUGGGUGACUCCAAGCAGGAAACUCUUGCAAACAUCUCAGCAGUGAACUUCGAAUUUGAUGAGGAGUUCUUCGGCAGCACCAGUGAACUGGCCAAAAGCUUCAUCAGACAGCUGCUGGUGAAAGAUACGAGAAAGAGGCUUAAAAUUCAAGACGCACUCAACCACCCCUGGAUUAAGCCCGUAAACCCCAGACAAGCCCUGGUGCGACGCCAGUCUGUGGUGAACAUUGAGAACUUCAGGAGACAAUAUGCCCGGAGGAGGUGGCAGCUUUCUUUCAGAAUCGUGGCCCUCUGCAACCACUUGACACGCAUGAUGAAGAAAGGUCACACUAAAACACAGGACAAACCCAAGAUGGGCUACGUAGGUCGAACAGUGGCUAUGUUCGAAAGAGAGUGCGAGAGCGAUCAAGAGGAGGAGGGGGUGCCGAGGAGACCUCGAACCAGGAAGAGAAGUAGCACUUCUUGAAACUUCCUGCUGCUCCUCCGACCGUCCACAAUAUAAACAUCCCAGCCGCAUGCUGGUUUUGAGGUGAACCAGCGGCGUGUUUGCCGUUUCUAAACGCACACAAGCUGAGUUGUUUUAGUAAGCAUGUUGAGGUCUGAAUGUGGCUUGUUUGUCCUCGUAGAGAUGUAAUUAUUAUUCGUCAGCAUGUCUGUAAACAGGAUGUUGCAAAAAGUGGCAAAUAUAGAAAGAAAACAUUUGUUCAUGUUGUUUAAAGCCAUGUGUAAAUGUAUUAAUGUACAUAAUGGGACAAGGAAGAGUUUACUGGAUAUAUUACGUAAAGUUUACUUGUAUAAUGUUAAAAUAUGUAUGUUUAAUGUCUUUGCGCCACUUUGCCUUGAGCCUUCGCGGUGUAAUAUGUGCCGCAACAUAUUUGCAUUCCUUUAUUGAAAUGUCUUCAGAUUUUAUUGCCUUUCAAAAGUGCAUGAGUGAUAUAGCCAACUUCAUUAUUCUGUAUGAUAUUUGUUAAUUUUAUGUUUAUUGUUUUAUUGCGCAGAUUUUUGUCUCAAGGUGCAGUCACAUUUACUGUUGUUUGGCGAAAGAUUUUCAGAUUCUCACGCAAAUGAAGUAAGCUGCUUGGUUUGAAAAUGACUUGAGCUUAUGUCGCUACUAUUGACAGUUCACAAUAGACUUGCGAAAUCUCACUACUGUGAUCAGGAAUUUUGUGCGCGUGUGAAAGAUUCCCUCCAUCGGGUUCAAGUUCACUGCAGUGAUCAACCGAGAACUGCUGGGUUUGAGAGUGAUUUUUAAGUGAAAAUUUUCACUAAUGUGACUGCACCUUUUUAAAUUUGCAUUUGACGAAGCAAGUCAGUGCAAAAGGGGCUGGAUUUGAAAUCCAGUGUUAUACUCUGUGUGUUUGCCCUUAAGUGUUUAAAAUAAGGUCAUUUAUCAAGACUGAAAAUGACUUGUAAAGCUCUUAAGAUAUUAAUAAUGUAUAAGAUGCCAUUCAUUUUGAUUUCAAAAAUGUAUGUUUAUUGAAAUCAGGGCAGAUAUAAUGCUACAUCAUUGUUUUUUUUUGUUUGUUUGUUUUUUUGCAUUGAAAAGUCCAACCCUCUGUCAGGAAAGGACAAGCAGGAACUGUUGGAUUGUGAAAUGAAACUUUGUAUCAUUGGGACAUUAUGGUAGGCCUACAUGAGCUGUUUCAGGACUGUGCCACCUAUUGGUCAAAAUCUAAAGAAAAUCACAGUUGCUUCAAUGUACAGUGAAUUGUUUGUAAUACAGUGCCUUGAGCCGGAAUGUGAUUGUUAGUAUGCUUUACCAUCAGAAGAGGUUGUUUUCUGUAUGAAUGUAUUCUGUACAAUAGGCUUAUAAAUGAGAGGGCUCAAAAGUUCUCAUUUUAUUUCAUUAAAACAUUGUUAGGGGAAAAAACUCAGUAAUGUUCUUUCUCCUAAAGUAUUAAACCUUAAUCGAUUUUUAAACCAUUUUGCAGUGCAUAUUUAUACAUUACAUACAUGUGUUUAAAUGUAUUUGUUUAUGUGUAUGAAAUGUUAAUUUACAAUUACAUCACUCCCUGUGCAGCAGUCACAUGAUUGCAUGUGUUCAGGGACAAAACAGUGUUGUUUACCAGUAUAAAUCUGCAGGAUUUAUACCAGAAGUGGAAAGUAAUCAGAAAAUGUGUCUCAAGAAAAAAAUCCCUUAUAUCCAUUUAUUUUAUACUCUUGAUAUGACACUGUACUUGUGUUGUUCACACUUAAUGUGAAAUGAAAAAAAGCUUACUAAGAAUAAAAAAAUGCCCCUUUUGUACAAGUAUAGAAGUAAUAAAUUAUUAAUAUAUUUAUUGAUGUUCUUGUUUGGUUAUUCAUGUUCCACUAAUAAGGUCAGGAAAUUGUAAUUUAAUAAGAAUUUCAUUAAAUCUUCAUGAGGUGCAUCCUGGGAUGCUUUUUAAAAGAGUACUGACAGAGUUCAUGUGUGCUGACUAGAUAUUCUUAGUCAUUAUAUUAAUAAGAAGAAUAACAAUCUCUAAAAUAUUAGUAAAUGUAUAAUAUUGUAAAUGUUAAAGUAAUCCUUACAUUAAUACCUUAAUACAUUAAUUAUUACCUAAUAAUUGUACAAUAUAUAUUUAGUUAAUUUAUUAAUAACCUUAACUAUAAUAAUAAUAUCUUAAAUAUUAAAUGUUUCAUUCAUACACUUAAAAUAAUUUAUUAAUAAUAAUAUACUUUUUUGUAAAGGAUAUAUGUUUUUCUACACUUUUUUUUUUUUUUAAGUUUCAUUUUUAAGAUUGUGCAACAAAAAUUUCUGUUAAAUAUGUAAAAACGUUUGACUGGUAUUGUACAUGAAAUGAUGGGUUAGUCAGCUAAUCAUUCAUAGUCACAAUCAGUCUGUUGGUGAGAGAAUUUUGUCAGUGCCUCACAACAGCAGUGUUCUUUGGGCUCAAUUAGGCUGGAUGCAGUUGUGGGUAAAACUUGACCUAAAUUAAAUAAACUGCCAUUAGAGAAGUAGGCCAGUGGUAAUGUAAAAGGUAUCAGGUGGAAGAAGUGAACCAGGUUUUAUUUUUUAUAUAUUUCUUUUUUAUCUCACCUGCCUAAUCAGGCUGGACAGAGAAAGGAGUAGCUACUCUAGAAACUGAAUAAGUGUUUCUUUAUUCUUGCCUGGCUAUUUAUGUGAUGAAUGAUUUUGUUACGUGUUGCAAUGGAUUUUCGCUCAUUUCACUCCUAAUAAUGAGCUGAAUUUUGCCAAGUGUGUCAACAGUGUUCCAUUUCAGACCAUUGCCCUACAUAUUAAGUAAUCCUUCAUUAUCCCAUCCAAUUUGUCCUGGUAAUGUACCAUUAUGCCCAGCCAACAUGUUAUUCAAUGAGAUUCCAGAAGUUGUAAACAUCAUAACGUCAUUAAAAUCAAUAAUGACUCACA